AUGUCCGAGAAAAAGCCGCCUUUUAACGACUCGGUUCAAGUCGCUACUGAUGCCGAACCUGAUCCCAAACUGAUCAAGGCCGAGGUCAACAAUGGCAGCGAUGGCUCCAAUACACGACCCGGCAGCAGCCGAGUAAAGAUGGUCUCGAAGCGCGACAUCGACGACACGACUCUCUUCUACAACACCCACAAGGAUAGCGUCAAGCCCAUCGACGAUACAGGCAUCAAGCGCCUCAACCAGAAGAACUUUUGGUUCUUGCUUUCUCAGACGUGGUGGAUCGCCUUUCUCAUCCACCUAGACAAGUCGACCCUGUCGCAAGCGAGCACCAUGGGCAUUUUCAAGGACGUUCAAAUGACUAAAAACGAGUAUAACGACCUCUUCGUGGUAUUCUACACGGGCUAUCUCAUCGCGCUGUGGCCUGGGGCAUACAUCGCCCAGUGUGUAGGCCACAAGUACUUCAUCACUGUGUCGCUGCUGCUUUGGGCACUGCUGCUGGGCAUGCAUCCCCUAGCCAAGACAGGCAAGCAAAUGAUCGGUCUGCGGUUCCUCUUGGGGAUGACCGAGUCGCAAAUCGUUCCAUCUACGACUGUUCUUCACCAGGCCUUCUUUCCACCCAAGAAGAGUCCCUGGGUCCAGUUGCUGUGGUGGGCAUCAGGCAGUUUCGCAAACGUCCUCCUCACCAUGGUCGCCUACAAACUCAUCCAGGAUGACACUCACGGAACUUUGGUUGGGGGGCUUAAGUCGUGGAAGUGGUUGCACAUCAUCUGCGUUAUCCUCACGUUUCUUGUCGCGGCGGUGCUCAUCUUGUUUCUUCCCAACUCACCCGUCGACGCGAAGUGGCUCUCCACAGAAGAGAAGAUACACACAAUUGAGCUGAUUCGCCAGACACAUGCGGGCAUCUCCAACUCGACUUUCAAGUGGGCCCAGGUCAAGGAGUGCAUUCUGGAUCCAAAGAGCUGGCUGUUCAUCACUCACAUGUUUUUCAACGAGCUGCCAAACAACACUUCACAGCAGCUGCCUCUUAUCAUCGUUGGCUUCGGCUUCACGCCCGCACAGAGCGCCCUCUUCAAUAUCGCGAAGCCUCUUUGGGGCUCUUUUCUAAUCCUAGUCUCCGCUGCUAUGCUCUACGCGACGGACCUCGGGGUGGGAUACACGUGUGCCAUCUCGUACAUACCUUGUUUUGUUGGUGGCAUUAUCAUGGUCGCUGCACCAUGGUCGAACAAGAUCGCGCUCGUUGUUGGCACGCAGAUAUCCACCUUCAAGCCAUCUUAUCUGCUUGGCCUCUCUUGGGCCGGCACCACAACCAUUGGGUACACCAAGAAGCUGUGUCUCAUGUCAACGUGCGUUGUUGCAGCUGCUGUUGCAAACAUGAUCUCCCCAGAGUUCUGGCAGGAAAAGUACAAGCCACGGUAUAUCCUCCCGUGGUCAUUCAUGACCGCCUUCUGGCUCAUCUCCCCGGCCAUGUGUAUCAUUAUUCGCUUUUAUCUGCAACACGAGAACAAGGUGCGUGCAACGAAGCUCGAACAGCAGGGCAGCGACAGUGAAGAGGACGCGUUGGACACGGGAGAUGGGAUCCUCCGGUUGAAUGACAAAGAUCUUGACCAGACGGAUCGCGAGAAUCUUCGGUUCGUCUAUCCACUGUAA